CUCCCCCCCCCGCGCCGCCGCCGCCGCCGGCAGAGCUCCCCGCCCGCGCCCGCCGCCGCUCGGAGCCGCCGCCCGGAGCCGCCGCCGCCCGGAGCCGCCGGCAGCAGCGCGGAGCGCUCGGAGGAGCCGCCCGGAGCCGGCGGGGCUGCGCGGCGCGGGCGGGCGGGCAGCGGCGCCGCGGCCGCGGGAAGCCCAUCGGCACCGGGCGCAGCGCACACGCGCCCGUCCGCGCCCCGCCGCGGCCCCGCCAGGGGCUCUUCCUUCUCCUCCGAUACAAAAGCUGUUCGGGAAAUGGCAUUUCUCCCCGGAGCCGCACGCAGACGCGGUUUUCCUUUUCCCCUCUGUUUUUCUCCUUCUUGCACUCUUUUGGGUCAAAAAAAUUGAAUCGCUUUUUUUCCCCCUUUUUCCCCCUUCCUUUUUUUUUUUUUUUCGUGCGCACGCGUGUGUGUGGAAGCACUGGGCUCUUGCGAUCAGUGUCUGAAUGAAACUACGUAAAUGCAUAUGUCCGUACGCUGCACUGGAGGGAAACGUGGAGCAGUUCUGCGAGAGCUUGGAUUUAAAUGUGUGUUUCAUCUGCUCGUCAGGAUUUUUGGUCUCUUUGGGGUUGUUCGCCUUCCUGGGCUCUGAGGCGGGAUUUUCUGAGCUUUGACACAUCUUUGGAGAUGCCUGUUAAACAGGAGUCUGGGAAAAAACAUUUGAAAUCAUAGUGAUAUUUUUUGGUCCCUUUCCCGUCCCCUUGGUGACUUGAAAGCAUCGGAGUGGCCAGAACUUAACGUUUCUGAAGACUGGUGAUGUUUGGGUUUUGUCGUUGCUGGGUUUUUUUUUAGAGGAAACUUGACAGAGGAACAUAUUUAUAGUCCAAGUAAGUACUUUACAGAGGAAAUUUACUUUGUGUAACUUAAAAAAAGCAGUGUUGAGAUUUCUAGCUUAAAGUGCAUUGGAUUAACGUUCAUCCAAGGCUGUUUAGCAAAUCAUACUGAAUUGCAGUUUUUACCGUGUAUGUUCGUCCGCUCCUUCAUGUACGUGGUAGUUCAGCACCUAGGGGAGAAUGCACCUGAUUUUGCCUAAGUGUGGUAUUUUUUAACAUGUGUUUCAACACCGAGGAGGAAAUGUUUCUAAAGUAAAUAUAUAGUAAGUAAUAAAUGUGCAUCUGGAAGUAAAAUAUUUACAACGUUUUAAUCCCUAUUUAUACCGUGCAUCUCAAACCGAGGAGGAAACACUGAGAAGACGAAAGUACCUCCAAGACCCUGAGAACUCCCCCACAUCGCCAUGAAUGAAACCGUGCCCGAUACAAUAACUGGAUUAUAAUUUUUGGUGUUAUUAAUUUUAUUAUUGUUGGCUGCUUUACUUUUUUGGGUUCAUCCUGCUCCUCUUCUUCCUCUCUCCCUUCCUCUUGCUGCUUCCUCCUGGAAAUCAUGGCCCAUCCGGGGAGAAGAGGCUACGAUAACCGGGAGAUAGUGCUGAAGUACAUCCAUUAUAAACUCUCGCAGCGGGGAUACGACUGGGCUGCCAGCGGCGACCGGGCGCCGGCGUCUCCAGGGAUCUCUCCUCCUGCUGCUGCUGCUCUUGCUGCUGCUGGGACUUCCUCUGAUCACACUGGGCUGGCGUCUCUGCACCCCGAGCCCCCUGGCCCGGCUGCUGCUAGUAACAUGGCCCUGGGCGACGGGCUGCGCCCGGCACCGCCGGUGGUCCACCUCGCCCUGCGCCGAGCCGGGGACGAGUUCUCCCGCCGCUACCAGAGGGACUUCGCCCAGAUGUCCGGCCAGCUGCAUCUGACGCCCUUCACGGCCAGAGGCCGCUUUGUGGCGGUGGUGGAGGAGCUCUUCCGAGACGGGGUCAACUGGGGGAGGAUCGUGGCCUUCUUCGAGUUCGGCGGCGUCAUGUGCGUGGAGAGCGUCAACCGGGAGAUGUCUCCCCUGGUGGACAGCAUCGCCGCCUGGAUGACGGAGUACCUGAACCGGCACCUGCAUAACUGGAUCCAGGACAACGGUGGCUGGGAUGCCUUCGUGGAGUUGUAUGGCAACAGUAUGCGGCCUUUGUUCGAUUUCUCCUGGAUCUCUCUGAAGACUAUCCUAAGCCUGGUUCUGGUGGGAGCUUGCAUCACUCUUGGCGCUUAUCUCGGACAUAAGUAGAGUCACUCAGUUUAUCAUGGAUUACAAAAGUCUUUCAAAACAGCAAAAUAAUAUUUUUUUUUCUGUAGCACAAUGAUAUUUUAUGAGCGGAACAACUUCCUGGCUAAAGAUUAAAUCAGCUAUUACUGCCAAAGGAAAUAUCAUUUAUUUUUACAUCACAGGAAAAUUAUUUAUUAAAAGAUAUUUACAGUUUAACCUGCUAUUUUCAGAAACUCGGCAAUUUGCAUCUGUCAUCACAUCAUGUUGUUAUUAACUUUAAUGAGCCCCAAAGUCUUUUAGGUUCUUUUUUUUUUAAUUAAUGCCACUGACUGGAUUAUUUUAUCUCUGAAGAGCAAAUAUACUGACAAAGACCUACCUGCUUACACUUAUGAAGGCAGUUAUUUGAGCUGCUAAAGGCUGUGUAAUUUGUGUUGGUUUUCCUUGCAUUUUUCGGAUGGCUUGGAAGCAUCUGGGGGGAAAAAAAAAAAAAGUCAGCGUGAACAAAGUUCAAACCCUAUCCUGCUGGCAAGAACUGACAAGAAUAAGUGAUUCAACAUGGUACAUACGUUGAGUCAAAACAGCAACUUUGUGAAGGCCAGUUGGCUAUCCCCACAGGAUAACAACUUGAAAUAUGAUUGCCUAUGCCUUGUGAACAUGUGUUUUCAAGUUACCGGCUGUGCCAUCAUGUCAUACUCAUAAUAGCGUCGUCCAGUACCCUAAUACAUGGCAACAUGAAUAAUUCUUUUUUUUUAAUAGAAGUGUGAAGUUAAAUCUGUUGGGCUUGCGGGAAAUUGCCCUUCCAGUGGUUUUCUCAGCAGUAAAAUGUUUUUGCAGCUACCGACACAGAAACAUCAGGAGACCUUAAGUGCCUGCUUCCACAGAGCAGAGCUGGAGUCCAGCGUCCUAACCUGUGUCCUGCUCCGGCGGGCUCCCAACUGCAGCGCAGCCUGCGUACUCGCCGAGCCCCUCUGGCGGGCUGAGCCCAAUUCUAUGUGGUCUCGAACCCCAGAAAAGCUGACGAAGACGCUCGUUUUAUCUGGUAAGAAGCAGACCUCAGCUGAGUUAUGGAUUAGCUCCGACUAUCCUUGUUCAUCAAACUGGACACCAAAAUCAAGUUCAUUUUCAUAAUAAAAAAAAAAAAAAGAAGAAAAAAAAGAAAGUGAGCUUUAUCCUCCUGCCCCUCGCCUUUGAAAUUGUUUCAGCUAAUAAUUUCCUCAGACUGUCUACAGAAGAAAAGACGAUGAAGAAACUCUCUGGACCCUCUCCCUGGACAGAGACUCUCGGACACCUCGAUUGCGCAGGUGCCGGCUGUCGUUUCAAGUGAAAACAGGGCGGAGGAAAAGGGGGGUGAAGUCAUCGGCUCAUAUUAUAAAUGCAACUCAAAUGAAGUGAAUGCAGCAUACUCACUAUAAAAUAUAAGCUUUAUAAACAGACCUGUGUUCUGCAACUCGCUGCCACGGUGUAUUUUGCAGUGGGGCUUUCCAUGCGCUCGGAGGGAGCCAGACCUCCAAACGACGUGGGUGGGAUGGGCUGCUCCAGCAAAUGGAAAUCACCAUCUUCAAACGCUUAAGCCAAGUGCUCCUAUUUUUUCUAUGAAACCUUUGAAAUCUGGGAUUUGCGGUUAAAUGGACAGCCAGAGGAUAAAAAAGAAAAGGUUAUAAAAGCUCUGGAUAAAACACACAGUACAAUAAAGAAAUGCUAGAAGGGUGAAAAAAAUAUAGUGAAUAAACUGUAGAUGCAACCUCAAGAUUUCAGUCGGAUAACUUUGUGGCAUUAUAUGCAAAAUAUCUCCAUUAACUUGGGAAUGUAAUAUGUUCAAUAUUAAGGCUGUAGUUGAUGUUGUGUCUUCAAAGCUGCUUUUUUGUUUGUUUGUUUGUUUUAAGAGUUGUACAUCUCAGCAUUUUUACUGCUAUUUAGUUGUGGCACCUACACUUUGUAUGAGCAAAGAUGGAGCAAGCUUUACAUUUCAAAUUUGAAAUUAUUUUAAAUUUUAAAGAAACAUGUAAGGGAAAUGUUUCGAAGAACACAAAAAUGUGAUCUAAACUUUGCUUGCUAAAAAAAUAAAAAAAGAAAAGAAAAACUGUCAUGAAACAAAAAGCACCUGCAAUGUUUUUAAGAGAGCUUUGGUGAAAAGUGGGCACGCUCAUGCAGGAUACUUAUGAAAAACAUUUGACAUGGGAGGAACUGAAUAUUAUGGAUUGAGUGUGGGCUUUAUUUUUUCAGCUACGAAGCUGAAUUUGUCUGAAGCCAAUUUCAAAACCAGAAUUGGCUGGUAUCGAGCUAAUAUUUCAUUUCACAAUCUAGUCUUUGUUUCAAUUUGUGCCCGUGCGCCCAUUAAAGUUCAUGAAGUAUUAGACCUCAAAUUGUUUCAAUAUUGUUUAUUUUAUUAAAGGUUUACAUUGUCAAAAAUAUUAAAAGAGUAAUUAUUGAUUCCUGUGCUGCUAUACUACCAGGAUAAUUUGAAUGGGAUUUAUUUUUAAUACCUUCCAAUGGCAAAAAGAUUUUUAAAGCUGCUUUAGAAAUAAUAUGAAGAUGACACGUGACACACAUUUAAAUAAAUAUUGACAAAUUUGUGUUCUGUUGUGUCUACUCACUGGACUUCCCAGUGUAUUAGUUAAUACCAGGCAAAAAGAUGAUGACUGUUGCUGAUUUUAUUUUAUUAAAGAGCUAACAGACUUUUCCCAUCCUGACUGCAGAAUAGUUACAGUAUUGUGGUGGCAUUAGCUAUAAUGAUAGUUAAUAAUACAUUUAAGAAACAUAUUAGAAACAUUGAAUGUAUAUAAAAACUUGGACUUCUUUAAUAAAAUCCUCUCCUUUUACUCCUUCAUUUCUUUUGCAAUAAUUCCUCUCUCUCCUACUCUUCGUUAUACUUCCACAUAGAGUCCUUUUUUCCCCACAAAAUGCCCUGUAGACUUUCAUGUUCUUGAGACUAUGCUUCAGCGAAAACCCACUCUCUGUCACUACCUGUACGCACAUAACUGACCGCUCCCAGCGUAUCAAAGCUGUAAAAUCAAAAACUGACACGGGAGAGACACGUCUGAAGGUGAUUAGGUGUGGAAGAUCAGAGGACCACGAAGCAGGAGGUCAAGGGUGGAGGGAACAAAGAGAUCACUGAAACAUCUCACAUGUCAAAGGUGACUGACACAUGGGGGUCUCUCUCAUCCUUUCCCCAGAAAAAGGAUGAUAUGAGCACGGAGUAAAAGAUUACAAAGACCCCCCCCCAUACACACACAGUUAUUCUUUACUAUAAAACUUUGUUAAUUCUGAAAGCAGUCAUUUGCAAAGCAGAAAAUUCUUACGAAUUUAAAAAAAAUACUUCAUUUUGCUGUAUUCAGUGUGUUUAUCAUUAAUUCUUUUUCAUUGCAUUUAUUAAGAAAACAAUGAAGGAACAUAUUUUGCUUCUGAAGGAAAAACCUAUAAGAGCACCUUAUAUUUGUUAUAGAUAAUAGCUUAAGAGUAAAUGGGAAAAACAAAAAGCAAAUUGUUCAAGAUGAAUAUUCCGAAAUCAGAGCUGACACAGAGGACAUUUCUUAAUCGAACGGGUAUUGGAUCCAACAGCGGAGUAAUGGGCCGUUGGGGUAACAGAGGACAUACAGAUAAGGCAGGGGGCUGGAAGAUACGGAGAAUGUCACUGGUAUGUAAGAAAAUCUCAAGUUUCAUAAGAUGCAGGAGUUCACCCGAGAUGGUCUGAAAACAGUGUCUAACUAUAACCAGCUGCAAAUCUGUGCAUUACUACAUGACUCCAAUUAUUCAAAAAUUUCAAUUAUAAAUGUUUUUUAUAAGAAUUAUAAGAUUAUCCAAUCAAUCAGUAUAAAAGUUCAUUGGUUUCCUGUUGUGAUUUGGGAUUUCACAGCCUCAUUAGAGUUGCACUGAUAGAGAACCAUUAGGAAAAAAAUGCGUCUUUGAACACAGAAGAGCAAAGGAAAGCUUGGGGUACUACAGUUCAGAGAAUACGGACCCAGUAUGCCCAAUCCUUGCAUGCACACAGUCUCCCCAGCUGAGUCAGUGGGAGUCAGAUAUAUGUGAGGACUGCGUGCUUUGACUCUGAAGCAUAACGCUGUGCUUAGCUGUGCAUCUGCACUCAGUUUCACAAACCUAAAAAUCCUAUCGAUUAAAAAUAUAGUGAAGUAGCAUGCUUAAAGCCUGUCUUUACUUUUUUUCCCCCCCUCUCUCUCUCUCUUUAAACAAGCUAGCAAAAUGUUUCAUUUGUAUUACAAGUUAAUGGCUCAGUACUAUAUGAAAAAUUAAACAUCUUUUGAUUUAUGAGUAUAAAAAUUCUUUCUCAUUGCAAAAACCCAGCUUUGUUUCUCACUUCUAUCUCUUUCAAACAAGGCUAAAAAAAGGACGCCAAAAGAGCCAAUUUAAUCUGCAUUUGUUUUAAAACGCAAUCCUAUGCUAAGAGUUAACAGAGCUUCGUUCCACAAUGAAAUCCUUUUCACCAAUUUAUACAGCAUUAGGAAUUCCACACAAAAAACUGUAUAUUUUUAUAAUUUAAAUAGCACAUUUUUUCUUUUUCUUCUGAAUAUUUGAAUUUUAAUUAUCACCAGCAUAAAUGUACAUAAGCAGAUAUCGUUUAUCCAGUACCUUCGGAUGAUGUAUGUAUGGUAAUGUAGUUUGUCAGUUUAUCAUCAUUUAAUAUGAUUAUGUUGUUCUUUGUCUUUAAAAUGUUAAAAGAACAUGCUGCCAUUAAACUUUCUGUGUCUGUCUAGUUAAUAUUGUGGAGAAAUAAUAAAGCACACUGUGAGUUA